AUGGCCAUCACCGAGACAAUCAAGCAUGCCGUCGGCCUCGAGGCUGGUCCUUCGACCUGUACGUUCUUCUCAACCACCAAUCUCAAUGGCACCUGCAAUCACCUCAAUCCACCUGAAGCGCAAACACCCACCAUCUUGCAACCCACUCUACACACUCGCUCGUCGAUUGGACUGCUCAGAACAUGA